AUGCUUGGCAUAUUGUAAAAUAAACAACGCAACCAUGAGUGCGGAGGUAAAUAAACGAGGAGUGGUAUUGACUUUAUUAAUCCUCUCAAGUAUAUGUUAUAUUUUAUACUCCAACAGUGAUGAAAUUCAAAGCGAUUCAGCAAUUCAAGUGGAUGCACUAUCGAUGAUCAAAGCAAAACAGAAACUUGAUAAAUUAGGACCUGAGUUGGCUGAUAAUGAAAAGGACGAAGUCGAUCCAGAAAUAGGACUUGACGUUGAAUAUGUUGAAGAUUUUGUUUUAAUUGAUGGAAUCAAUGUGUUUUAUUCAUAUGCAAUGAGUACGGUAAAGAAUCAGCCACCACCAAGGUUUGCAGUGUUAUUAUUACAUGGUGCGGCCUAUGAAGCAAACACAUGGAAGUCACUAGGAACGUUGCAGUUUCUUGCGAAAUCUGGUUACUUUCCUAUUGCUGUUGAUCUUCCUGGUUUCGGAAAGACAAAAGCAGACAAACGCAUAGAUCAUGAAGAUGCUUUUUUGUCAAAGUUAAUUAAAGCAUUACCUCAAACAGACAGGCCUGUUAUUAUUUGUCCUUCCAUGAGUGGCAGAUAUGCUUUGCCAUUCAUGUUUAAACAUAGAGCAGAACUACGUGGCAUUGUACCGAUUGCACCAAUUAAUGGUAAUCAUUACAAAAAAGAAGAAUAUGAACAACUACACAUUCCUGCUCUGAUUUACUAUGGAUCAUUAGAUGAGCAUGGUGCUAAAACUAGUAAUCUCAUGGCCCAUAUUCCUGGUAGUAGGAUAGUGGAGGUCCCAAAUGGCAUGCACCCUGCUUAUUUGGAUGAUUUAAUCCUAUUCCAUACUGAAGUGAAAAAUUUUCUCGAUAAUGUUUAUAAAAAAGAAAUGGCUUCUUGAGUGUGUCUGAUUUUAUUUGCACAUAUUAUUAUAUGAUGUUUCCUAAUUGGAGCAAUAAUUCUACAAAUAACAGCCUUGCUUACAUAUGGGUGGUGGAAAUGGUACUAUAAAAUACAUCUAAGCCAGUAUUUGGUUCAAAAAUAUAACCAAUGUGUCCGAUUUUAUUUGCACAUAUUAUAUGUUUCCUAAUUGAAGCAAUAAUUAUACAA